UCUGAGUCACAAUGACACGUUGCAUUCUAUUUGCAGUUCUAGUUCAAGGGAAGCGUCGGUGGGGUGGGUCUGCUUUGUGCAUGUCUAACGCGUCUAGAAGAAAAAAAAAUCAAAAGAUAAUGCAUCCUUUGUGUAGACAAGUAUUUUUCUCGAUUUAAAGAAUCAUAGUUUCUUACAUCGCACCUUUUCUGUUUUUUCAAAUAUGGACAAGGCAUUGACCAGCAAUGCGAUCUUAAAGCACUAUUCUUCUUCUUCAACAUCAUCUAGAUCUAGUGUUGAACAGCAAUCCGAUAAUAUCAGUUCGUAUGAAAUUGUCCCGCUUACAAUCUUUGAUAAAGUUACUCAUGAUUCUCAUGUAUGUUUUUAUUUGGUAUUUAAACCCCCAAUUCCAUCAAAUGAAGUCUUGAAAGAUGCACUCUCAGAAGUUCUUGUUCAUUACCCACACUUGGCCGGAAGGUUAGCAACUGAUAAUCUACGCCGAACAUGUAUCGUUUUAAAUAACGCCGGAGUUCGCAUAAUUGAAACUUACUUUCCUACUGUGCUGGCUGAGCAACUCCCAUUCGAUACAUCAGAAGCUAGCAGUCAGCUUCUUCCACCUGCUAAAGGAGUUGAAGAGCUGUGUCAGAUCCAACUUAAUCGGUACGCAUGUGGAGGCCUAGUUUUGGGCUUUACUGUUCAUCAUCGUGUUGCUGAUGGCCAAUCCAUCUUUGGUUCUUUCUUCGUUUCAUGGUCUAGAUUGGUACGUGGUUUUGACAUAGAUCUACUUCCUUAUCAUGAUCGACUUGCUGUUUCCCAACCAAGAAACCCACCUAGAGUUGAAUUUGAUCAUGGUUCAAUUGAGUUCAAAAAGACUAGUAUUAAUCUCAAAACUACUCCAGUGAUCUCUUCUUCACUUGAAACUGUGAUUAUUAAUUACUCUGUUGAGUUUAUAAACAAGCUUAAAGUUAUGGUGAACAAUAACCCCGAUCAAAGAUACAGUACUUUUGUGUGUUUGCUUUCGCAUGUAUGGAAGAAGGUAACUCAGGUUAGAGGACUCGGCCUAGAAGAGUCGAGUCAGGUGAGGAUAGCAGUGGAUGGAAGAACACGAAUAUCUGAACCAGCUGUACCCAUGGAGUAUUUUGGUAACCUGGUACUUUGGGCUUAUCCAAAAAUGAAGAUAAAGGAACUAUUAAAUGAGACUCAUGCAUAUAUCGCCCAAGUGAUUUCUGAUGAAGUCAGUCAUGUCAACGAUAGGUACUUUAAAUCAUUUAUUGAUUUUGGAGCAGCGGUAUAUGAAGAUGACGAGUUGCAAGAGACGACAUCUGAACCGGGAAGCACUCUGUGUCCUAAUUUGCAAGUGACUAGUUGGUUGGGCUUUCCAGUUCAUGAUAUUGAUUUUGGUAGUGGAAGUCCUUGUGCACUAGUUCCGCCCAUUACUCCAUUUGAAGGAAUGGUGAUUUUUGUACCUGCAGAUGGAAGGGUGGAUGUAAAACUUACUCUAUUCGCCAAUCAUGUUUCUCUUUUUAAGAAGAUCGCUCACUCUAUCGAUGGCAAACUCUCAUGUUCCUCUCUUUAAGAAGAUAGCUAACUACAUCGAUCGCUCACUUUAUCAAUGGGAAACUCUCUCCAGUGGCCGGUAUUGCAAAUUGCUGUGUUAUUUUUAUUUUCUUUGUUCAAUAAUAUAUUGUAUUCAAUAAAGUGGUUAAGAACUUAAGGUUGUCUUCUCCAUGAUCCGGAAACUAUAUCAAUUCUAUAGACUUGAUUCUCCUCAAAAA